AUGAACAAGCGUUACAAACAACCUAUGAUGGAGGCUCUUUUUUCCGCUAUCAAUUUACUGGGCGAUCCAAAAGGAGCCCGAUGGAAAGACGUCCUACGAGUUAUGUCAUCCGCCAACAAGAGCGAAGCAGUCUUAGGACAACUCAAGAAAACAGUAUACAAGGGCGUGGAAUUGGGAUACCUCGAACUUUCUAAAGAAAAUCGAAUUCGUCUCACUGACAAGGUCCUAACACGUGGGUACCUUUUGGAACCGGAGAUGGUGCUGGCGGGCAGAGCGAGGCGCGCCCAAAAAAACAUUAAAAGGCGAAAGUCACGGAGGAGUCCAAAACGAAGGCCAAAGCGCGGGUCAAAGGCACCAAAACGCAGGCCAAAGCGCCGGGCAAAAUCAUCACAACGUAAAGGGAGAGGGCGUAGACGUGGACGCUUAUCGCGACGUGCCGGCUCAAUACCGGCCAAAAAGUAUUACGACUUAGUUGGUGACACGUCGAACAAAUCACGGUCGACAUCCCCGACUUCCUCUACCCCAUCAUCAAGCGUACUGUCAGAAACUCCAUCGAGAACACCAUCUGAAACAAGUUCAAGCACUCUAUCCCAGACACCUUCACGGUGUCCAUUUUGCGAUUACAAAUUUGAUUAA